AUGACAUUUGAUUUGUUCGUGCCAGAGAUCGUACGAGACGAAUUGGGAAGAUUCAUCGCAAAGCACAGUGCUUCGCCUUCACCUUCUCCUAUAAAAAGUCUGGAUCUGCUGAUUACGUGCCGUGGUGUUGUAUCUUCGUACGUAUGCACUGCAUACAGUUUUUUUCUCGUUCGAAUUCGUUCGUCAGUAGACAGACUGCUCAACUACAUGAUCCGUAGACAUUCUUACUUAUUUCGUGUAGUCGUGUGGGCCACUUUUUCGACUUUCGUACGAAGAAUUUAUAUACGAGGAAGCUGUAGGAACUUGGGCCUAUCUACUCUUCGUGCAGCCUAGGGGUCGUUCGUCAGUGACUCGUCGUGGUAUCUAUUUGUAUUUCAGUAUCGAGUAUCUUCAUGAAAGAUUGACGUUGAUCGCCAUCCUCUUCAUCUCGCAUCGAUUCAUCGAUUCGACAGUGCCCCAGUUUUUUGAAAUCUUCGCAAGAAGUAAAAACCCGG